AAUGCAGCUAAUGAAAAUCUCUCUCACAUGGGUGGACUUGCAAAGGCACUGUCUGCUACUGGAGGACAUACUAUCCAAGCAGAGAGUGAUCUCUUCAUUGCCAAAAAUGGCAAAUUAAAAGGCUGGACAAGUUGCAGUUACCACAGCAGGCAAACUUGCAUGAAGCUUCAUUUGUCCUCUGUUGCCAUUCCAGCAGUGAGCUCUGGAAUAUUCAACUUCCCAGUCUCAAUUUGUGCUGAUGUUGUGGUCACCACAAUCAAAAAGUACUUUGAACAUAAGAACCCCACAAGUCCUCGAUUUGAAAUACACCUGGUAAACAAUGAUGAUCCAACCGUGAAGGAAAUGGAAAGGGCCUUCAAAGAGAUCCUUUUGGAGCCACUCUCUGAUGUCAGGAGGACAGGGCCAGAGGAUUCUCCAUCUACACUGGAAAGGACAGAGCACCUUGUGAGAAAAACAACCGGUCUGACAAAGGACACUGCAUCACAGGUCGCACAUUUGUGGAAACAACAGGAAACGGAAGUUGUUGUUUCUGUGGUCCCAUCUCAGAUUAGAGGUAACAACUGUGUCAUACGUCACAGUGAGUUCCUGACCCUUAGACCACACAGCUGGCUUGUUGGAGAGGUAUGUAAUCCAGUUAUGCA